AUGGCCAUGUGCCUGGCUAUAUACAGUCCCCAGUUCAGGCACUACUGGGCUCUUUCUUCAAUCGCAAAUGGCGGCAUAGUCGUUCCAAGUACCCUCAGCCCCACUCCUAGCCCUGAGGCCACUGAGCCUCGCCCAAACCACGGUGCCGCAGCCCUGGCGGCCGAAGCCAAGGUGCUGGCAGUGAGAUUCGAGAGGUGGGAGUCGCAGCUCUGUAGGGAGCCGAUGCGAGCGUCUCGAUCCGAGGAUGCCUGGAUGAGAGCCCAGGCACGCCAGGAAGCUGACUACCGGGCAAAACUUGCUGCUGUCAGACCGAGAGUCAAUGAGCGUGGUGUAGAUCAGCUCUUUGCCAAGGCCCUUGAUUGA